AAAUUAAGCAUUAAGUCUUAACAAUAAGUUACAAUAGCUUUGGUACGUCAGUUUUCUUAAUAUCCGGCAAGAAGCUACUGUUAAAUUCAAAUAUUAUUGUUAAAAAGCUUGGCUUAAUAUUUUAAUAAAAAUGGAAGAGUGUUGGGAUGAUGAACUUUAUGAUCCUUCGGCUCCAACUACUGAAUACAAUGUUCCAAAAUACACUCCACCUGCUAAACGAUGGGAUGAUAAUCAGAGUAACACUACUUGGAAUCAGAGUAACACUUCUUGGAAUCAGAGUAACACUUCUUGGGAUCAGAGUAACAACACUUGGGAUUCGGAAAAUUCCAACCAACGAUAUGUAAAUAAUUCUACAUAUGUUCCCCAAGGAAGACCUAGCUAUAAUGACCGGCCCCAAUUUUCUAACAGGGGUCCUCGUAAUUUUCAAAGGGACAAUACGAGGGAAGAGCAAGAUUGUACUGAAAUGGUAAUAGAUUCUAAUAAAGUAGGAAAAGUGAUUGGGCGAGGAGGUUCAAAAAUACAAGAGCUUCAAACUGAAAGUGGGGCGCGCAUAAAAGUCUUGCGCGAUGACGGCAACAGCAUGGACGGAACUACAGUACGUAUAACUGGUUCCCAAGAAUCUCGCGAUGCAGCCAAAAAACUCAUAGAGGACUUGACUACCGAUUUCCAAAGAUUCUCCACUGACUCAUCUGCUCGUUCUGGUGAAAGAUCAGCGUACAGCGACUCUUCAUACGCUGACUCUGCUCCGAAUGGCACAACAACAUUUAUCGAUUGGGAUAAAAUUGGCCAAGAGUGUGAAGAAGCAAGAAAAAGAAAGCUUGCUUCACUCCCUCCCAUUAUAAAAAUGUUUUACUCGGAAGAUCCUAGUGUUACUGCUAUGUCCAAAAAGGCUGUUCACGAGUUUAGAAUGAUGAAUAAUAAUAUAUCUGUAAAUAAAGUUAACGAAGAUGAUGAUAGGCCUACACCUAAUCCUGUCACUACAUUCAAACAUGCUUUUCAUCCUUAUCCAGAACUUUUGGAGGAACUGCAAAAACAGAAUUUUAAAACUCCAUCACCUAUUCAAAGUCAAGCUUGGCCAAUACUGCUUAAUGGAUACGACAUGAUAGGAAUAGCGCAAACUGGAACUGGUAAAACGAUUGCCUUUUUAUUUCCAGCUCUGAUACACAUUGUGGGUCAGGUGACUCCCAGAUCUCAACGUGUCGGACCGACCUGUCUCAUAUUAGCUCCGACGCGCGAACUUGCUCAACAAAUUGAAUCUGAGGCAAAGAAAUAUACCUACCACGAUAUCAAGUGUGUUUGCAUUUACGGCGGCGGGAGUCGAAGAAAUCAGAUCGGCGUGGUAACCAAGGGAGUUGACAUUGUGAUUGCCACCCCAGGACGACUAAACGAUUUGGUAAUGAACAAAAUUAUAGACGUGACAGGUGUGACCUAUUUAGUCCUCGACGAAGCCGAUCGUAUGCUCGACAUGGGUUUCGAGCCACAGAUUAGAAAAAUUGUGAUCGACAUCCGACCCGAUCGGCAGACGGUGAUGACAAGUGCUACUUGGACGAGUGAGAUUCAGCAUUUGGCUGCUCGCUACAUGACAAAUCCUUUCAAGGUUAAUGUUGGAGCAUUGGAUUUAGCCGCUGUCCAUUCUGUUACACAGGAGAUUGUUUUUGCGGAAGACGAAGAUCGACGGGAAAUACUUGAAGAGUUCAUAGGAAAUAUGGGAUCUGGUGACAAGGUCAUAGUGUUCGUUGAGCGCAAGUGCAUCGCUGACGAUUUGUCUAGCGAUCUAUUGUUACGGGGUGUUUCCCUGCAAUCUAUCCAUGGUGAUAGGGAGCAGUGUGAUCGAGAACAGGCUCUGGACGAUUUGAAAACAGGCGCUGUCCGUAUAUUGAUUGCUACAGAUGUCGCAUCAAGAGGGUUAGAUAUUAAAGAUAUAACCCAUGUGUUCAAUAUGUAUUUUCCAAGAAACAUUGAAGAAUAUGUUCAUCGUGUAGGACGUACUGGGCGUGCAGGAAAUACUGGUCAUGCCAUUUCCAUAUUUACGAGGCAAGACUGGAUGCACGCUGGUGCUCUAGUUAAAAUUUUAGAGGAAGCCGAUCAAUUUGUUCCCGACGAAUUGUACGAAAUGUCUAAGCGCUAUAAAGCCUGGAAAAUGAAGAAGCAGGCAGAGGAAGAGGCCUAUGGAGGAAGGCGUUCAAGAGGUGGAGGAGGUGGGAGACGACGUUUUUGAGUUCAGAUUUUGCUUCGUUUUUGUUACAUAUUAGUUAUAUGAAUUGUGAUAUAUAACUGUUUUAACAUAACCAGUUUUGCAUUUUUUCAUUUUGUGAAACAUCAAUAUUUAUUUAAUAUCAUUUCUGUAUAGAAAAGAAUAAAUUUGUGUUGUUGCAGGAAGAUGUCUGGAAAUUCGCAUUAUAAUUCUUGAACUUUAAUAAAAACAUGUUAAGUUUA